GACGGACCGACGGACCGGCGCGCGCCCGGCAUGGCGGACACGUGAGAGGCGUUUGUGGAGGGCUCGGAAAGGACUCAGGCUCUUUCUCUGAAGAUGUGCUCCCGUCGCCGGUCGCUGUGCUGGCCCCUGCCUCUGGUCGUCCUUCCCCUGCUCGCGGUGGGAGGUCCCGCAGCAGCCCGGUGUCCGGACCAGUGUCGGUGUCGUCCCCACGCCGUCGACUGCAGCUCUGCACACCUCAGCAGCGUACCCAUCUCGCUCGACCCGCGUAUCCACCUCCUCCAACUGGAGGACAACACGAUCGCCAGCAUCGCCGACUCCCUAGUCUUCUACCAGAGUCUGCAGGAGCUGGAUCUCUCGGGGAACAACCUCACCACGCUGGGGGAGCAGCAGCUGUCGCUGCAGCAGCAGCUGCACCAGCUGCAGCUGGCAGACAACCAGCUGUCGGAGCUGCGCCGCGGAGCGCUGGAAGGACUCGGUCGACUGGAGAGACUCGAUCUCUCCGGUAACAAACUCUCAUCACUCGAGGAUGGUGUCUUCGUGGCGACUCCGAGACUCCACUGGCUGAGUCUCGCGCGGAACAGCCUCCGCAGCCUCGACCACGAAGCGCUUCUCGGGCUGGGUGAGCUGGAGAUACUCGACCUCUCUGGAAACCAGCUGACGCGAGUACCAUCCGUUGCUUUUCGUCACCUAGGCAGACUUCGCACUCUGAAACUCGCCGAUAACCAGAUCACUGAAGUGGCCUUCCACGCCUUCUUCCUUCUUCGUUCGCUUCACGAGCUCUCACUCGCCGGAAACCAAGUGACGAUCAUCCACGCGGAGGCUUUCUCGGAGUUGCACGAGCUCCGCCAGCUCGACCUCAGCUCCAACCAACUGGACGCGUUCCCUGCGACGGCCCUGGCUCCUCUGAGGCUCGAGGAACUGGACGCCGGGGAUAACCUCUUCCCAUCGCUGCGACCGCGUCACCUUGACGGGUUACCUCGUCUGCGUGUGGUGCGUUUCUGCGGCAGCGAGAGACUCACUGACGUCUCCGAACACGCCUUCAGCAAUAAUCGACUUCUGGAAGAGGUGCAUCUGUGCGAGAAUCCCAACCUUCGCUGGCUGCCGCGUACUGCAGUUGAUUCUCUCAGAAGACUCCGAGUUCUUAACAUCGGAGGCAACGGCCUGGAGACGCUGCAGAACAUGACGUCUCUCCUGCAAAGGGUGGAGACAUUCAACGUAUCCGGUAACCCGCUCGUGUGUAAUUGCUCCGCGCGAUGGCUCUGGGAGCUACCAGGGAGGGUGCCGAACGCUUCAGCCGUCUCUGAGGUACUGUGCGCGGGCUCGGGCAGACUGCUGUCAUCGCUGAGUGAACAGGACCUGGACUGCGGCUGGUGGGUGGCCGCCACAAUCGCAGCAGCAGCGUCACUCCUCGUUACCGUGUGCGCCGCGAUCGUGAUUGUGUUGGUGGUAAGGCGGAGAAGGUACCGCGAUCGGAGUAGGAGUUCUGUCCUGGGUGGGACGAUCUCAGAUGAGAAACAGCGACCGCAACUGACGCCCGCUGCUUCAGCGAAGGCCCCUGACCGGUCAGCAGCGCGCGGUCACUCGCAUUUCACACUGCUGAGCGAGGACUAUGUGACCGACCGGUCCGGUGUGGGUCGAGGGGACUAUACUGGAGAUUGUGACGGGGACUACGCUAGGGUCUACGACGAUGCGUAUAUGAGAGACUACUCAGUGAAGGUGCCGUCUGUGGUCGUUUAGGAGUCGAGACUGGAUACUCUCGACUGGAAACUUCGUUAAUGCUUGCUUCACUAAGACUGAAGUGGGCAUUUGAUUGAUUUUAAACAGCCUGAUAUCCUGUAUCAGGCUAUGGUGGAAACUGGAAAGGCUUGAAAUGUGCUCUUUGUUCUGCCUGUAUUGGUUGGUGACGUGUCCGGUCUGUUGAGGAGCGGAGAAGCAGCGUUUGGAAAGGGACCUAUCGACAGUUGAAACAAUGAAGGUGGUGAUGCUACAAUCAAAUAAGAAGCGUUAGGUUUUUAGGCGAUUCGAUAUUGUCUGAGGAGAUGGCGUCAUCUUCUGUGACAUAUUUCAUAACUGGUGCUACCACUUGACUGUUUGGUAGUGAUUUAUACAAUGUGAGUGGUCGUUUCGUUGUUCUUGAAUGCUUGUUUAUCAAUUUUCAACUAGGUAGUAACAUGCAUUUGUUAUUGAACGUGUGUAAAUGGAUGGUGUUUUAUGACAGUUGACCAAUAAUAAGUUGAUGCUUUGUCCAAACUGCAUUGGUGAGUAUAGGUACGGUAUCG